AUGGAAGUAGCAACUGCAGACUGCCCCUUUAACAAGAUUAACAUGGAUCAGAUUCAGAAGUUGUAUGGACAGGCUGAGUCGACUGCUGAUGCAGAAGUCAACCCCAAGGCCUACCCUCUGGCUGAUGCCACACUGAGCAAAACCAUCCUGGACCUUAUGCAGCAAGCUGCUAAUUACAAGCAGCUCCGCAAAGGGGCCAAUGUAGCCACUAAAACACUUAACUGCGGUAUUGCUGAGUUCAUCGUGAUGGACGCAGAGCUCCUGGAGAUCAUCCUCCACCUGCCACUGCUCUGCGAGGACAAGAACGUGCCCUAUGUGUUUGUGCGCUCCAAGCAGGCCCUGGGACGCGCCUGCGGGGUCUCACGCCCAGUCAUUGCCACUUCGGUCACCAUCAAGGAGGGCUCGCAGCUCAAGCCCCAGAUCCAGUCUACCCAGAUGGCCAUUGAGAGACUGCUGGUGUGAGCAGAGAGCUCAGGAUGGGGGUUGUAGGGUUAACGAUGGGACGGGCUAUGAUUUAAUGUUGUCCUGCUCUGUUUCAUGUCCUGUCAGACUCAUGUAUAGAAGAUUCUAUUUUGUAGGGCAGUGUCCAUUUUGAAAUGUUGGGACAGAAUAGGUCUAUCUGAAGCGCUGGAACAAAAAUGGCUUAACUUGUUUUUAACAUUACUAUGUUGUAAAUGUGGCAAUUAUAUAUAAAGAGUAUACGGGAUGUCAAACUAAGCAUAGUAGAAUCAUAGCCAGCAGCAUACCACCCUGCAUCC